UGUCAUCAAGCUCCACACUCAUUUUUAGCCUUCGUCUUCUUCUUCCUCUCGUUCAAAAACCAUAGAUCGAUCCGACGCUCUCUCAAACCUCAGUCUCCGUUGACUACUGAGACUCGCCCACUUCUUUAAUGAUGGCCGGAGGUCUCGUACGAUUGCUGGUUUUGAUUUCCGCUCUAGCAAUUUGCGGUGCUGCUUCCGUUUCUCAGCCGAUUUCAGACUCUCACCGAUCUGCGGCUCUGGAAGUCUUCGUGCCAGUCGAUGGAUCCUACAAAAGCUUGGAGGAGGCAUAUGAAGCAUUGAAGACUUUGGAGAUUCUUGGUGUUGAUAAAAAGUCUGAUCUAAGCUCUGCGACUUGUGAGAAUGUGGUUAAAGUUCUGGGGUCACCUUCUUCUACUCUGAAGGAUGCAUUCUACGCUUUGAAAGUUAAUGGGAUUCUAAAAUGCAAAACUGGAGAAGAUGUCCCCAAGGACAUUGUUUCUCAACUUCAAGCUGGCGUUAAAGAUGCGAAGUUAUUGCUUGACUUCUAUUAUUCUGUCGGAGGCUUGGUGCUUGUUAAGGAGCAAUUUUCUGGAACUGAUCUAAGUCUUGGAGAUGCCGAAGCCAUUUUCCGUUCCAUCAAGGCUUUUAGCCAUAGUGAUGGAAGAUGGCGCUACAGCUCCAACAAUGCGGAAUCAAGCACUUUUGCUGCUGGCUUAGGCUUGGAAACGCUUGCUGGAGUGAUUUCAUUAGCACCUUCAGAGAUUGAUCAAUCAUUGAUCCAGACAUUGAAGAGCGGUAUCGUGAAGCUUUUUGACAAUAUCAAAAAAUAUGACGACGGGACAUUUUACUUCGAUGAAAGCGAAGGCCCGAUCUCAACAACUGCAUCAGUAAUUAGAGGGCUCACGUCAUUUGCAGCUUCAGAUUCCUCAGGAUGGGACCUUCCAGGUAAUAAGAUAGUUGGUUUGGCCAAGUUCUUUCUUGGUGUUGGAACUCCCGGUGAUGCCAAGGAUUUCUUCAACCAAAUAGAUGCACUAGCUUGUUUGGAAGACAACAGGCAAUGCUACUUUCAUGCCCUCUUUAUGCAAUUUGUCUUUGGUUUACUUCAGUUCUCUGUUCCACUCAUCUUGUCUCUGCCAUUUACUGUCAUUUCAUUGACAAAGAAAGAGCCCCUGAAGGUUAAAGUAAGCACUGUACUCGGUUCUAAGGCACCAGCUCUUAGUGUGAAGCUCGUACAAGCUCUAAGUUCUGGAUCAAAGGGUUCUUCUGUAAUCAACAACCAGGAGCUUAAGUUUGACGCUGACAGUGCAACGUACUUCCUGGACUCAUUUCCCGAGAGCUUUGAUGUUGGAAAAUAUACAUUUGUAUUUCAGAUUUUGCUGGAUGAUUCGGCACAUGAAAAAAUAUACAUAACAGAAGCUCGAACAAAAGUGCCUAUUUCCGCCACAGGAGCUAUUAGCAUUGAGAAUGCAGAAAUUGCUGUACUUGACAGUGACAUUGGGAGUGUUGAAUCUCAGAAAAAGCUAGAUUUGACUAAAGAUGGAGGAGUAUCAUUAUCAGCAAACCACCUCCAAAAGCUACGCCUGUCCUUCCAGUUAACUACUCCACUUGGCCAUGAUUUUCUUGGAUUGGUUGAAAAGCUCUACUACCUCUCUGGUAAAUAUGAGAUCCAGCUAACAAUUGGAGAUGCUUCUAUGGAGAACUCUUUAUUGAGUAACAUUGGUCACAUUGAACUGGACCUACCAGAGCGUCCAGAGAAGGCACCUAGACCUCCUCCACAGUCCACUGACCUUUACUCAAGAUAUGGACCAAAAGAUGAAAUAUCACACAUCUUUAGGGUUCCUGAAAAGCUUCCAGCAAAGCAGCUUUCUCUAGUUUUCUUGGGUCUUAUCGUUCUCCCAUUCAUUGGUUUCUUGAUUGGGGUCACUUACGCUGUUGGGAGUGAACAUCAAGAGCUUCCCAUCAUCUGUUGGACCUGCAACAUUCUCUUUCCUUUUCCAUGGCGGAAUUGGAGCUGUUCUACUUCUCUACGUGCUUUUCUGGUUGAAGGCAAGCUUUCAAAACCGUUGGAUCUGUUCACGACUCUCAAGGGACUUUCAUUGUUGGGAGUGUUUCUGUUGUUCGUCGGACACAGAACACUCUCUCACCUCGCAUCAGCUUCGAACAAGUUGAAAUCUGCUUGAAGAAGUAACUCUCACUAUAAUGGAUCUCUUUUGGAUUCUGUGUUUCCAUGGAGCAGUUUUUUGUUUUUCAGUUUUGUAGUAUUUACUUAUAUAAUAGAUUAUGGCGAUACACAAUUCCAAAUGAUUUCAGAGUUUACGUACUCUCAGUUUAGUAUUAAAGUUAUCAACAAGAGUUUCUUUCUUUACCUUUUUCGAUGAACCGUAUUGCAGAACCAAUAAAAGAUCAAAUGACUUUCGUAAA